CCGCUAGGGACGAGGACAGAGGUGACUCGGACCACCGCCGAGGCUUCAGCAUCACCUGCGUGGACAGUAUCCGGAGCGUGAUGCAGAAAUACCUUGAGGAGAGAAAUGAAAUAACCUUUGACAAGAUUUUCAAUCAGAAAAUCGGUUUCUUGCUAUUUAAAGAUUUUUGUUUGAAUGAAAUUAAUGAAGCUGUACCUCAGGUGAAGUUUUAUGAAGAGAUAAAGGAAUAUGAGAAGCUUGACAAUGAGGAAGAUCGUCUGCGUAGAAGUCGGCAGAUUUAUGAUGCCUACAUCAUGAAGGAGCUUCUCUCUUGUUCACAUCCAUUCUCACAGCAAGCUGUAGAGCAUGUGCAAAGUCACCUGUCCAGGAAACAAGUGACAGCAACUCUUUUUCAGCCAUACAUAGAAGAAAUUUGUGAAAGUCUCCGAGGAAGCAUUUUCCAAAAGUUUAUGGAAAGUGACAAGUUCACUAGAUUUUGUCAGUGGAAAAAUGUAGAAUUAAAUAUUCAUUUGACCAUGAACGAUUUCAGUGUACACAGGAUUAUUGGACGAGGAGGAUUUGGCGAAGUAUAUGGUUGCAGGAAAGCAGACACUGGAAAAAUGUAUGCAAUGAAAUGCUUGGAUAAGAAGAGGAUCAAGAUGAAGCAAGGAGAAACAUUAGCUUUAAAUGAAAGGAUUAUGUUAUCUCUUGUCAGUACAGGAGAUUGUCCUUUCAUCGUCUGUAUGACCUAUGCUUUUCACACUCCAGAUAAACUCUGCUUCAUUCUUGACCUGAUGAACGGUGGUGACUUGCACUAUCACCUCUCCCAGCACGGAGUAUUUUCUGAGAAGGAGAUGAGGUUUUACGCCACAGAAAUCAUUCUUGGGCUAGAGCACAUGCAUACCCGAUUUGUGGUCUAUCGAGACUUGAAGCCUGCAAAUAUCCUCCUGGAUGAGCACGGGCAUGUCAGGAUCUCCGAUCUCGGCCUGGCCUGUGAUUUUUCCAAAAAGAAGCCGCAUGCAAGCGUGGGCACCCAUGGGUACAUGGCUCCCGAGGUGCUGCAGAAGGGGACAGCCUAUGACAGCAGUGCCGAUUGGUUCUCCCUGGGCUGCAUGCUCUUCAAACUUCUGAGGGGGCACAGCCCUUUCAGACAACACAAAACCAAAGAUAAGCAUGAGAUAGACCGAAUGACACUCACCGUGAACGUGGAGCUCCCAGACACCUUCUCCCCCGAACUGAAGUCACUCCUGGAGAGCCUGCUACAGCGGGAAGUGGGCAAGCGGCUGGGCUGCCACGGAGGCGGUGCACAAGAAGUGAAAGAGCACAUCUUCUUCAAGGGCGUCGACUGGCAGCACGUCUAUCUACAAAAGUACCCACCCCCGCUGAUUCCUCCCCGGGGAGAAGUCAAUGCUGCGGAUGCUUUUGAUAUUGGCUCAUUCGAUGAAGAGGAUACUAAAGGCAUUAAGCUGCUUGACUGUGACCAAGAACUCUACAAGAACUUCCCUUUGGUCAUCUCUGAGCGCUGGCAACAGGAAGUGACAGAAACAGUUUAUGAGGCAGUAAAUGCAGACACUGAUAAAAUCGAAGCCAGGAAAAGAGCAAAAAAUAAGCAACUUGGCCACGAAGAAGCUUACGCCCUGGGCAAGGACUGCAUCAUGCACGGGCACAUGCUGAAGCUGGGCAACCCCUUCCUCACGCAGUGGCAGCGCCGCUACUUCUACCUCUUCCCAAACAGGCUUGAGUGGAGAGGAGAGGGCGAGUCACGGCAAAAUUUACUGACCAUGGAACAGAUUCUCUCUGUGGAAGAAACUCAGAUUAAAGACAAAAAGUGCAUCUUGUUUAGAAUAAAAGGAGGGAAGCAAUUUAUCUUGCAAUGUGAGAGCGACCCAGAAUUUGCACAGUGGAAGAAAGAACUGACUGAGACUUUCACAGAGGCCCAGCGGUUGCUGCGCCGAGCUCCCAAAUUCCUCAACAAGGCCCGGUCAGGUGUGGUGGAACUGUCCAAGCCACCACUGUGUCACAGAAAUAGCAAUGGCCUCUGAUUCAGGGAUUCCAGGAGACCGCACUAGUCCUCAGCCACGAGCAGAUCCUCGGAAGAGCCAGAGCUGGGAUGGAACAGGCACCGAGCCAAGGGCAGGUCACUGGGAUGCUGAUGUCCCUGCAGGAGUGGGACUGUACUUGGCUGUGUUAGCCUCACACUGCUGCUGGACAGCGUCUGUCCUCAUUAGGAACUACUGAAGAAAUGACUGCUCUUUCUCUUUGUACUUAUUUUGGUAUCUGUGAACUUAGAACUUGAAGUGGUUCCUACUUACCACUGAAACUUGUAUGUCUGACAUCAGAUAUAUCUUAGACGUUCCAGGAUGAGGCUGACGUACUUCCACGUCAGGGAGUGGGUUACCUUCCACCUAGUCAUGUUUUGUUCAUUUAGGUCUUGGCACCCAGCUCCUGGGGGAGACGGGCAGUGGUGUUCCUGAGGACACACCCUAAGUGAUCCCCCGUCAUCCCGGGGUGGAAGGUGAGAUGUGUCCCGACAGGCGGCUUUGGGAGCCUUCACUUGCACCACCUGCCUCCAUAGGUCUGUUCCGGGGGUCCCGACGGGGUGUGUGGGAUGGGCUGUUGCUGCAAGAAUCCCGGAAGGAAAGCAGCCAGCAUGCCCGGCAGGCUCCAGUCACUGCACAGCAGAGGUGAGCUGGCCUUGGUCCCCACCGCCAGCAGCUGUGAGAUGGGCAUUUUUGUCCCUCUGCGUUACCCUGGGAAACACAUCAGCAGUGUAAAAGAAGGGAACGAACUGCUCAGUUUUAGAUUUGAGUAUAAUUUAAAAUAGGCUUUAUUUUUAAAUGACAGUGCUGAGGAAUGGAUGUGUCCAGGGGAUUGACUGGGUGCUGACUCAGUUGUCAGUCACUAGUGAGUAAUGCUUCUGUGUGAUGCUGAGGACACUGGAGCGGAAGGGCUUGUCCCAGCCCACUGCUGCCCCCUCAAGUGUAAUGUCCCUUCUGCUGCCGUACCUGGUGAUGCCCCCAAGCGGGUGCUGGGCUCCCAGCACAAGUGAAGGCCCCUGCGUCAUCAGACUAAAAGGUGAUAACAAUGUUAAAUGUCCAUGUAUUUAUCCAGUUCUUGGUAUGGUUUUAUUUUAUGUCUCUGAAUUAACUACUAACAAUAGAAAUAACUGAACCUCAUCAUGGUGUGCAUCCUGUCCUGGAUAUUUUAAUGGUUCCAAGCCAUCAUUUUUAUAUUUGUGUGCUGCAGUCACUGAGAGAGUAAGUACCUUUGUGAGAGUUUGGAAAAUAAUCUACUAUGAAAAGGCUUAUUGUUUUAUAGGAGUUACUCUGGAAAAGAAAUUUGGGGAUGUGUUAUCCGUUUCAAUUCCUAGUCAGGGUUUCAGUGCAUAUACACUCUCUGAUGUUUCCAGUGUCGGGCGCCAUGUUGAGCAUGCUUUCCACUUAUUUAAAAGGGAAGCAUAGUCUUCAGAUGCUGUUAAACACAAGCAUAGACACACACACACACACACACACACACACACACACACACGCACUCGUGCCACCAGAAACAGAGCAGCCCUUGCUGUUGUAUCUGGCCCCAGUCAGCUGCAGCCAUAACUGCUGAAGGUUUCUGUGGAUCUCAAGUUCACUUACAGUCACCUAUAGUGACAGAACUGUGCCUCUGCCUCUCCUCCAUGAGACAUUCGCCUCCUGAGGGGAAGGCCGUGACACUAGCUGGGGCCAAAGUUGAGAAAGAUUAUCCAGCCUU